CUGUCUUCAUCAAGUCCUGCCUCCGCCCCACUUCCACCUCUCCCUUAGUUCUUCUACCAUUUACGCCCUGCUUGUUCGCAUCGUCGACCACCAGCUUCCACCACCGCCUCCCUCACCGCCUCUCUUACCGCCGUGCACUUUUCACAUCCGCCACCAUGUCGUCCGCAACCACCUUCUACGACUUCACGCCCAAGGACAAGCGGGGUCAGCAGUUCCCACUGUCCGACCUGCGGGGCAAGGUUGUGCUGGUCGUCAAUACCGCAUCCAAGUGCGGCUUCACGCCCCAGUUUGAGGGUCUUGAAAAACUCUACAAAGAACUGAAGCCAAAGCACGACGACUUCGAGAUCAUCGGUUUCCCCUGCAACCAGUUCGGUGGUCAGGACCCUGGCAGUGACGACGAGAUUCAGAGCUUCUGUCAGCUCAACUACGGCGUCACCUUCCCCGUCCUGGGCAAGACCAAUGUCAACGGAGACAACGCCGAGCCCGUAUGGGAGUGGAUGAAGGCGGAGAAGCCGGGCCUUUUGGGUCUGAAGCGGAUCAAGUGGAACUUUGAGAAGUUCUUGAUCGGAAGAGAUGGACACGUCAAGCAGCGAUGGGCGAGCACCUCUGCCCCGGAGAAGAUUCAGAAAGAUAUCCUGGCUGCCUUGAACGAGAAGGCUUGAGGAGCGGAGCAAGGUAGUAGAUGCAAGACAGGACGACAGAUGGGAAAGACUGGCUGAAGUGGUCAUUAUAACACACCGGGAAGCGAGGAGAAAAGUAACGGGAACUUCCUUCUAUGCGCUCAUUCAAGCGUAGGUAGGUGGUAUCAAUACCGCGAGCUGGCCUAGCUGAAUGUUGACGCCGUAUUUCCAGCGCCGUUCAGCGCGUGAUAGAGUAUUACACAUGCAGCCAAUGCUGCCAUCAACUCC